AAUGGAAGCUGCACAACCAUGGGAUACUACGCAGACUCUUACCGCCAUGAUCAUGGAAGUCCAACCUUUUUCUUGAAUACUGGUGACCCUGAGAACCUUCUUCGUUGGAGGUACAAGGUGUCGGUCAAUCUUACUGGAUCCACACUCUUCAUGGGGUCGUUCAGUGUCUCUCUGUGCGGGAAGAAGGACUGUUCUCCUCAGUACAUCAUACACAGUGGACUUAUUCAGUCCGGGAGAACUUACUCCUCCUUCUUUGAUGUGGAGAUGGAUGUUUACCCCGUCAUCAAUACAGUAUUUACCUGGCACAAGGAGGGCAUUAAUCUCAUCCAGCCAAAACUUGGGGCCACAGCUAUGGAGGUUAAAUAUGGACCCAGUGGGGCAAUAUCCUACUUCUGUGGCAAGGCGUUGACUGAAGACAAAAUCCCCCAAACUCUUGAACCUUGUAAUAUGAACAGCAGAAUAAAAUCCACAUAAAGUGCAA